UGAGGCUAUGGUUGAUGGACCAGAAGCCGGAGAACCCGCAGCAUGCAGGCCAGCUGGCCGACCAAUUUGUGGACAGUCGGGCAGGGGAUGGCAGGGAGGAGUCUCGAAGGAGCAGGCCUGCCUCAACGCAGAGAGAGAGUCAUCAUGGGACCUCCCAAAGGGGGCCUAUGGAGAACCCCCCCAAAAGGGGAACAUCCAGUGGCAGGUCCCUCCGACCCACUCAAGGGGACCCACGAGAUAUGGGCUGCUAUCGCUGUGGCCAACGAGGUCACAUACGGGCCCAGUGCCCCAAGCUCAGGGACAGACCAAGCAGACCCAACCCGCAGAGGGUGGACUGGGUAAAAACCCAAUCGGAGGAGGGGCUACAUUCCCAGGAAAGGGGGGUUGGCAACAUACCACCUGUGGAUGCUCCCGGUUCCGGGUUUUUGGUUUACCGGGUGGGCGCGGGGCUGCCCCUCCGGAAAGAGUGCAUUGUUUCCCUGGAAGUGGAUGGGAGGAAGGUCACUGGGUACUGGGACACGGGCGCAGAGGUGACGCUGGCCCGGCCCGAGGUGGUGGCCUCAGAUCGGAUGGUGCCCGACACCUACCUGACCCUGAUGGGCGUGGGCGGGACCCCAUUCAAGGUACCUGUGGCAAGGGUGCACCUGAAAUGGGGGGCCAAGGAGGGCCCCAAGGAUGUGGGGGUACACCAAUAUUUGCCCACUGACGUGUUAAUGGGAGGGGACCUUGAGGACUGGCCUAGUAACACCCAGAGUGCCCUGGUCGUGACUCGUAGUCAGAGUCGGCAAAUGGCACUGCUCCCCGACAACGGGGAAGGUACUCGACCUGAGGUACAGGACCCUAACUCAGGGAGCGGGGAACGCCCAGGGGCACGGUGCAGAGAGGCUGCGGCCUCAGACCCAGCCAGCAAGAGAGAGCCGGUCCCCAUUCCUGUCCCAGCUGCUGAGUUCCAGGCCGAGUUGCAGAAAGAUCCCUCCUUGCGGAAGCACAGGGACCGGGCUGACCUUAGUGCGGUACAGACCAUGAGGAGAGGUUGCAAGGAGAGGUUCCUGUGGGAGAAGGGGUUCCUGUACCGAGAAUGGGCUCCCCCAGGGGAAGUAGAGUCAUGGGGGAUCAGGAGGCAGCUGGUGGUUCCCCAGAAGUUCCGUCACAAGCUGUUGUACCUGGCCCAUGACAUCCCUCUCGCAGGGCACCAGGGAAUCCGGCGCACCAGGCAGAGGCUGCUACAGAACUUUUACUGGCCUGGGGUCUUUACCCAUGUCCGACAGUACUGCCAAUCCUGUGACCCCUGCCAGAGGGUGGGGAAGGCCCGGGACAAGGGGAAAGCGGCUUUGAGGCCUUUACCCAUCAUAGAAGAACCUUUCCAGAAGGUGGCCAUGGACAUAGUGGGACCUCUCAGCAAGACGACCCGGUCAGGAAAGAAAUACAUCCUGGUGGUGGUGGAUUUUGCCACUCGCUACCCCGAGGCGGUGGCCUUGUCCUCUAUCGAAGCAGACACAGUGGCAGAUGCGCUGCUGACAAUUUUCAGCCGGGUGGGGUUCCCCAAGGAGGUCUUAACGGACCAGGGGUCCAACUUCAUGUCGGCCCUGCUCCGGUCCUUAUGGCAGAAAUGUGGGGUCCAGCACAACUGGGCCUCAGCGUAUCACCCCCAGUCCAACGGGCUGGUAGAAAGGUUCAACGGGACGCUGAAGAUAAUGCUAAAAACAUUUAUAAACCAGCAUCCGCAAGAUUGGAACAAGUACUUACCUCACCUGCUGUUUGCGUACAGGGAGGUACCCCAGAAAUCUACCGGGUUUUCACCUUUCGAACUGUUGUACGGAAGGCGGGUGAGGGGGCCCCUAGACCUGAUGAGGGACGAAUGGGAGGGGAAGGCCGCUCCCGAGGGAGAGUCAGUGGUAAAGUAUGUCCUCACCUUCCGGGAAAGACUGGCCGAGCUCAUAGGCCUGGCCAGGGAGAAUCUGGCCCGAGCCCAGAGGAGGCAGAAGGUCUGGUAUGACCGCACAGCACGAGCCCGUGCCUUCGCCACCGGGGAUCAGGUAAUGGUUCUUAUCCCCGUGAGGAGAAACAAACUCCAGGCCGCCUGGGAAGGGCCCUUCAAGGUUAUCAAGCAACUGAAUGAGGUAAACUAUGUGGUGGAGCUGUCAAACCGGGCACAUCACCGUCGGGUGUACCAUGUGAACAUAAUGAAACCAUACUAUAACAGGGGGAAUGUGGUGCGAUUCCCCUCUCGGAUCAACUAA